AUGUCCCGGAAAGUGGACGAUCACAUCACGACAGCAACUGAAGAGCGCACCGAGCAAGACGAUAUGCCUGUGGCUACCCUUCCGACCAUGACGCCGAAUGCGUCGCCGUUCUUGCUCAAGGUGCAGGACGUGGAGACGCUCGCACAAGCGGACGGAUUCAGCAUCUUGAGAGCGCAUCUCUCCGAGCAUUACACGUACGAAUUGUGCGACGCCCAUACUCCAGCCCACCUGGAGAAUCUGGAGAGGUGGCUGAUCGUGCGCGACGUUCUCCACGCGCUUCUCGUACCCGUGGUGGAACUUUUCGACAAAGCCUGCGGAGUCGCAUCCGCCGCGACCCACGCGACGAAGCUGGAAGAUCUUGAGUACGCGUUCACGGGUACGGCACGCAGCGCUUUUGUCUGGCUGCAAUGCUUUCUCUCAUCAGAAAAGGAGCGAGACUGGUGCUACACCCGCGUAUGUCCAGCUUGCGUUGUGGACCACUCUUUGGACUCUGAAUUCUCGAUAAGAUUAUUGCACGCGGCCUGCCUACUCAGCGAUGUCCACUAUCCUUUUACCAUCGAGGGCCCGACUCUCCCGAGCUUCAUGUUCUUUCUGGAAUCACUCGAGCACGCGAUUGAGGAAGACGAACUAUACGGCGCAGAUUUCUUCGAGCUGAUGCAACCUAAGGCCGUGGCGACCCGCGAUGGCGUGGAAGAUCUGAUUCAUCAAUGCUUGGAGCUUGACGUCUUACUCUCACAGCCCACCUCACCCGAUCCUUCGAGUCCCGAAUCAUCCGUGCCCGCAAGUCCGGUCGUUGGCCCUUUAGGCGGAACCCCCGGAAUGAAAGUCAAGCGCAGCAAGAUGGCUCGACGUCAGAUGCGAUUGCAGGUGGAAGAAGAGCAGUGGAUGGAGGAUAUGCUCAGGAAGUGUUGGGAUCAACUUCAGCCGGCCGUCGAAGCCGGCCUGGUACCAGUGCCGACGCGGAGUCUCGACGCCGUCCUCAAAGCUGGGCCAGCCGUCUCCGUGGACGAAGUGAUCCCCGGGUGA